AUGAAUUCCAAAGACUCUAAAACUUUAGCCAAUUUAAAAAACAUGGCUGGAUCGAGGAUUUGUGCAAUUGUGGAAAAAGCAAAAGCUGAAAAUUUGACCGUAGACGUUAAUCUGGAUUUACAUUACAAUUCAUCUUUAAACGAAUCAUAUUACCAACAAAUUUAUACAGAGAUUAAAAGCGUAGGGGAAGGAGGUUUUGGCAAGGUGUUCAAAGUAAUAAAUAAAUAUACUAAUAGAAAAUACGCUAUAAAAAAAUUUAAAAGAAUCACAACCAGUAAAGAAAUAUAUUCUGAGAUUAGAAAUAACGAAAAAGUAGGAUACCACGACAAUAUUGUUAAAUAUUAUAUGUCUUGGGAAGAGGGCAACGAGGCAUACAUGGUUUUAGAAGCAUGUCAAAUGAGUCUUGCAGAUUAUGCAGACAAAAAUAUUGUACAAGAAAAUUUAAUAUGGGACUGCUUAUAUGAUAUGUGCAACGCAUUACAGUACCUCCAUAAGAGACGCUUAGUUCAUUACGACGUGAAAUCUCAUAACAUUAUGAUACACAAGAAAUGCUUUAAAUUGGGAGAUUUUGGAGUUUCUUCUACACUAAAUUUAUUACUUAAACGAAUGAAAUUUUUGAUACAAACUAUGAGACCAUCUAUUGAAGAGAUUUUAAAUUUAGAUUCAAUGAAAUAUGUUGCAAGAAGGUGCGAACGUGGAUUAAGGAAGUUGUAUACAACAGAGAAUUUGGAGGAUGUAGAUGUGAUAAGUACAGAAUCAUCGGAAGAUUGUUUUAAUUUACCUGCUUGUUCGAAGAAUCUUUGA